AUGGCUGGGCUCUACGCCGCCAUGCUGAUCAAGUCGCUCGGCAUCGAUUUCGAGGAGCUGGAGGCCGCAGAGGCGCCCGGCGGACGCGUGCGCACGCACCACUUCUCCGAGGAGGAGUGGGACUACGUCGAUCUGGGCGCGAUGCGCGUCCCCAAGAUCCCAAUCAUGGACAGGAUUGACUGGAAAGCCGACCCGUUCCACUUUUCGACGUCAAAGGGUGGCAAUGUGCCCGACAAGUUCGUGCACGAGGGGCCCGACCACUGGCUGACGAAGGUGAUCCAGGAGUACCUCGACGCACUCAGCAAGAAUUUCGAAAGCGGCUUCCGAAAGCUGAUGAGCAUCGACUCGAUGACCGGGCGCCAGCUGCUCCUCGAUGACCGGGCGCCAGCUGCUUCUCGGACCCCCAUCGUAAUUGACAACCUCGACCUGGGCCCGGCUAAGCUGACCGACGCGAUGGUUGCCGAGAUCGCCGCGGGCCAUGGGCCGUGCGUCCAGACCGAGCACGAAUUCUCCAAGCGGUACACGCACGUCAUCACGACUGUGACGAACCACGCCUUCCGGCUGAUGGAUACCACCGACUGCAACCUCUCGCUCGCGAAACGGACCGCGCAGCGCUGCCUGACGUACGACCACUCGACCAAUGUGGCCCUCAAGUUCAAGACGCGAUUCUGGGGAAGGGGCGCAGCGCCAAUCCACGGAGGCACCUCAACGACCGACCUGCCCAUCAGACAGGUCGUGUACCCGUCGUAUGGCAGCGAGUGGGACACCGGCGUGCUCAUCGUCUCGUACUCGUGGGCGGACGACGCGGACUGGAUGGGCAGCCUCGCGCUGAGCGACAAGACGCGCGCCAUCGAGCUCUGCGUGGCCAACCUGGCGGAGUUCAGCAGCAUGAUUGCAGACCUGAUCUCCGCGGAGGUGGACGGGCGGCUGCUCUUUGCGGGCGAGGCAACGAGCGUGCACCACGCCUGGAUCGUCGGCUCGCUCAACUCCGCCUACCGCGCGGUGGACGAAAUCCUGUGCCGCGAGGGGCUCGUCGAAAAGCGCAUCGAGCUGCGCAACCCGUGUGGGGCUCGUGGUGGAGCGGCUGCGCCGGCGCCGGAGGGCGAUGUACGGAUGGUCUCGAGCAGCCAGAGCGCAGACGUCGAGCAGGGCAUGUCAGCACCCUUUUCCUUGAGUUCGCCAGACCGCAGCAGCAUCGGUCGGGGAUCGAUGGUCGGGGAGACGUGA